AUGACUCCACCGACGAUCUCUCGCGAAGACCUGCUCGAGUUCGAGACUUUCCUGUUCGAUGCUGAUGGGGUCUUAUGGAUGGGCGAUAUUCCAAUUCCGGGAGCCAUUGAGUUCGUGUCAGCUCUCCAAGAAGCAGGCAAGCGUACCUUCAUUAUAAGUAACAAUCCAACGAAGACGAUGGACCAGUACAUGUCCAAGAUUUCGCGACUGGGAUUUCGAGGUUUCACCAAGGAAAAUGUAGUGAACGCUGGUGUCGUGAUGGCUGCAUACAUGAAGAAUCGACAGGAUUUUGCCGGGAAGCAGGUAUACCUCCUGGGCACUGAAACGCUCAAAACGACGUUGGAAAGCGAAGGUAAUGUUCAAUGUUUUGGCACUGGACCAGAUCACUUUAGAGAUUACUCGGACCACGAUUUCGUCUUCAACAUGGACUUUUCGGCAAAGCCAAAAGCCGUUGUGGCCAGCUAUGAUCCUCAUUUUAGUUACCCCAAAAUUAUGAAAGCAGUCAACUACCUGCAACGAGAUGUUGUCGAAUUUUUGGUAACCGAUGAGGACCAGACGUUCCCUGGACCGGUCCCAGGUGUUGUUCUUCCCGGCUCCGGUGCCAUUUCGUCUUGUAUUCGGGCUGUAUCUGGUCGUACACCAUUAGUGUUUGGAAAACCUCAUAAGGCAAUGGCUGACUUUUUGAGGGACAAGGGGCAUAUUGACCCAAAGAAGACCGUGAUGUUUGGAGAUCGACUGGAUACAGACAUUCAGUUUGCAAAUGAAAACGGUUUUACCAGUUGCCUAAUGCUGACCGGUGUGCACUCACUGGACGAUGUGGUCGAGGCUGAACGUCGUGGUCAGAAGAAUCUCGUGCCAAACUAUAUAUUUUCAUUCCUAUCCCGAUGA